GACAGCACGUGGAUUUAAGGCACCUCAACCUGGCUAUAUUUAGAUCUACGAGACUAGGCACUGUUUCGAGGUUUAAAGUUAGCUCGCACUUAGCCCAGUUGAUGCUCUUAGCGAAAUGUUACCGACUACUUCCAACAAGGACCCUGACGACAGUCAAACAUGGGAAUUAGCCGAGAGGUGUCUUUUGCCUGUUGCAUUUUCUCAUGCGGUUGCGGUCAUACUCGCUACCGUGCUCAAUAUCCUUGGCAUAUCGCAGACUUCCAGUUUUGUGCUAUUUCUUCUGUUGUUGAUUAUUUCCCUGAGCGCCACUCUAUUUUAUCACAAUCUCAAGGUGACAGCAGCUGGCAAGGCAGUACUAAUCACUGGUUGCGACUCUAGAGUUGGAUAUGCUUUGGCAAAGCAAUUGGAUGAGUUGGGAUACACGGUAUUUGCUGGAUUCACAAAUAAAUCAGAGAAUGAAGAGUUGGCACAGAUUUUAAAGAAAGAGGCAUCGGGCAGAUUACACGCAUUGCAACUGGACAUUACGAGUGAACGUGACAUACAUUCAACGUUUUUGUAUGUUAAUGAAAACUUGCCAGAUGGAGCACCAGGAUUGUGGGCACUGAUCCACACUGCAGCAUGGGUAGCUUUAGGUGAAUGCGAAUGGGUUCCCACGUCUGUGCUGAAACGAAGUUUAGAAAUCAAUUUUUUUGGUGUCGCUCGAGUUUCUCAGGUAUUUCUACCUUUGGUGAGAAGAUCCAGAGGUCGAGUGGUUCUUGUUGGAAGUCUAUUAGCUCGCAUACCAAGUCCUGUACGUGGUAUACAUUGUGCAGUAAAGGCUGCUGUAGAAGCCUGGGGCACAUGCUUACGACUCGAGAUGAGAAGAUGGGGCGUUGACGUUGUUAUCGUUGAGACCGGAGAAUACGUAUCAGGAAAUGCAUGGCUUAAGGACAAUGCUGCAUUAUUGGAACAAGCGAGGGAUAUGUGGACUCAAUUAGAACCUCAAACCCGUAAAGAAUAUGGUCAAGAACUUUUUCAAAAAGAGAUGUUGGCAUUGGAAAAAUACACGAAAGGUCCUGAAGCAGAUUUAACUUCCGUCACUAGAGCAUUAACAGAUGGAGUGAUAAAAACCUUUCCAAUGAAAAGGUAUAGCCCAGUAUCUCGUUCCGAAAGAAUACAAGCUUUACUUAGUGAUCAUCUUCCAAGACCAGUUUAUGAUAUAUUAUAUGCAAACUAACGUGCACAAGUGCAAUGAUUAAUACAACUGUAAAAUAUUCCUGGAAUCUGUAUUUACGCUAACCGUACUCCAUAACAUGUUUCCUAUAGGCUAGUAUAAAUUCUAUGAAAUCUAAAAGGAUUAAACAAAUUUCUGAUAAUUUAUGUAGAUUAUCACAAUUAAGUACUAAUCAGGAAAAUUUGAAGGUAUCUAAAAAUGAAUAUUAUAAAUAAAAGUUAACGAAAUAGUUUAAUAAUUACAUCCUAUUGACCGCAAUAUGAGUUGGCAUUAUGUAUUUUAUUUUUA